AUGGCCUCACAAUUCUUUUUGCCCCGAUGGGCUUCCCUUCUGGUCCUGCUGUGCGUGGGCCUGUCAAAUGCCCACACUGUCAUCACAUACCCCGGUUACAGAGGAAACAACUUGCACACCAACGGUACUGUCCAGGAGUCCAACGGACUGGGUGUUGCUUAUGACAAGAGCAACGACUCAUACUACUACCCCUAUGGAAUGGAAUGGAUCUACCCUUGCGGCGGCAUGCCCCGAUCAACCAACCGCACCAAGUGGCCCGUUAAGGGAGGCGCUGUUGCAGUGCAGCCUGGCUGGUUCCCAGGUCACGAAACGGCCUUGAUCUAUGUCAACCUCGGUCUCGGCACAGUCCCCGAGAACAUGAGCCAUCCCGUCGUUUCUCCCUUCCAGAUUACCGGCCCAAGCAACAACCCUUACCCUGGUACAUUCUGUCUCCCUCAAGUGCCCUUGCCUGCCAACAUCAGUGCCAAGGUUGGCGACAAUGCUACCAUUCAGGUUGUUGAGACGGCGAAACAUGGUGCUGCUUUGUACAACUGUGUGGAUAUCACAUUCGCCGAACCUGAGGAAGUCGAGGAAGUCACCCGCCAGAACUGCUUCAACUCUAGCGAUCUGACCUUCCAGUACGUGUACACAACGGGUGGUAUCAAUGCCGCAGGAGCUUUGAAACCUCAAACCCUGCUUUCCCUCGUGCCAUUGCUAUUGGUGGCUACCUUCGGCGCUUUCAUGUAG